AUGCAGCAGCCAGUAGUAACCAACCCUCAGUGCGAGAAGCCCCAUUUCAAACGGGCUGAUGUCGACGACUUUGCGAGAAGAAUUAUCCUUCAAUCAGUCCACAAGGCUGAUCUCCUUUACUGUACCGAGGAUGAAAUGGCUAAGAGCAUUCGAAUUGACCUGAACAACAGUUUGGGAGGCCACUGGCAUGUCAUUGUAGGUCGCCAUUUCGCCAGUUAUUUCACCUUUACUCCUGGUUUGAUGGCCCACUUAAAACUCCGAGAUAUGCAAUUCCUGGUCUAUAAAUACGAACAGGGAAAAUAG